AGUGGCCCGUAGGUGUCGGUGGCGCGGCCGUUCCAUUGCCGGUGCCCCCCCGCACGCACCCGCCGCCCUCGCGUCUCCUCCCCCUUCCUGGUGCUCGGCGCUUUCCGCCGGAGCGGGGCAGCCGCGGGAACCGGCCCGGCCGCGCCCGCCGCCGCCGCCAUGGAGUGAGGGGCUGCGCGGCCCGGCCCGGCCGCCCCCCACGACCGGCGGCUCCCGCCAGAGCCUCCCCGGCAGCUCCACCUCCGCCGCCGUGACGUGACGCGGCUCCUGUUUGCGGUCGGUGCACGGGAAGCCAACCCUUGGGGUCCCGGAGGCGUCCCGGAGGCGUCCCGGAGGCAUCCUGGACGUGGCCGAACGGCAGGAUCCAGACUCUGCCCCCCGGGGAACCGGCAGUGAGCUCCCAAGAUGUCCCUCUGGAGCAUUGUCUCCCACAUGCCACCGGAGGAGUUCAGUGGCCUCUUCACAGAGUUUCCCCGGAGCCUGCGCUGUGUCUUGGCCGACUGGCUGGAGAACCAGCCCUGGGAGUUCAUCAAUGGCUCGGAUGCCUUCUGCACCAGCGUGGCCAGCGGGAUGCUCUCGGCCAUGCUGGAGAAGCUCCGCAGCGCUGCCGGCAGCGAUGGGCAGCAGUGCCAGAUCCUCCAGCAAGUCAAUGGCAUCGAGAUUUAACCCCUCUGCUCUCUCCUGCCAGCGUAAGGGCUGAGUGGUGCUUGUGCCCAGAGCCCCGUUCUGCUUGAAAGCUCUGCUUUUUUGGAACAUGUACCGGCGGGACCCGCUGCGCCUGGUGUCCGUCCUGAGAAUGAUCCUGGAGGGUGAGAAAGCCGCCGUGCUCAAGAGGGACCAUCACCUACCCCUCAGCUUCCACCGGCGGCAGGAGGAGCUCAAGUUCAACAUGGGGCUGCAGCGGCUGCAGCAUCGUGUGUGCCAGAUCCAGGCGCUGCAGGACAGCCCCGCCGCCUCUUUGCAGGACCCACAGCUAAAGACAGAAGCUAAAGCCCCCGAGAGUGAGCUGCCCACCCUGAUCCUGGAGGCUGUGAAAGAGCUGGAGGUGGCCAAGCAGCAGGUACUGAAGAGGAUCCAAAUCUGGAAGAGGCAGCAGCAACUGGCAGGGAAUGGGGCUCAAUUUGAGGAGAACCUGGCUCCGCUGCAGAAGAGGUGUGAGAACCUGGUCGAGGUUCACUUCCAGCUGCAUCAACAAGUGAUGGGAGCGAGCGCGGAGCUGGGUGCUGAGCUGGUACCCCGGCUCCGGGAGCGGCUCAAUGAGGUGUUAUCCAGCCUGGUCAAGAGCUCCUUCCUGGUGGAGAAGCAGCCCCCGCAGGUCCUGAAGACCCAAACCAAGUUCCAAGCGAGUGUCCGGUUCCUGCUGGGCCCGCGGCUGCUGAAGGCAUCGGCCAAGCCCUACAUGGUGCGGGCUGACAUGGUGACGGAGAAGCAGGCACGGGAGCUCAGCACCUACAGCAGCACCCUCAGCGAGAGCACUGGGGAGAUCAUGCACAACGUGGUGGCCCUGGAGACCAACCCCACCAGCGGGACCUGCUGCGCCUUCUUCAAGAACGUGCUGCUGAAGAAGAUCAAGCGCUGCGAACGGAAGGGGUCCGAGUCGGUGACAGAGGAGAAGUGUGCCGUCCUGUUCAGCACCUCCGUGGCCCUGACCACCAGCAACGUCCCCAUCCACCUCCAGGUCCUGUCUCUGCCCAUCGUGGUCAUCGUCCAUGGGAACCAGGACAAUAAUGCCAAAGCCACGGUGCUGUGGGAUAAUGCCUUCUCCGAGAUCGACCGGGUGCCCUUUGUGGUGGCCGAGCGGGUGCCCUGGGACAAGAUGUGCGACACGCUGAACCUGAAGUUCAUGGCCGAGGUGCAGACCACCAAAGGGCUCCUCAAGGAGCACUACUUCUUCCUGGCCCAGAAGAUCUUUAACGACUAUAGUGCCAGCCUCGAGGACUUCCAGAGCCGCAGCGUCUCCUGGGCCCAGUUCAACAAGGAGAUCCUGCCCGGUCGGGGAUUCACCUUCUGGCAGUGGUUUGAUGGAGUCCUCGACCUCACCAAGAGGUGCCUCAAGAGUUACUGGUCCGAUAGGCUCAUCAUCGGCUUCAUCAGCAAGCAGUAUGUCUGCAAGCUCCUGAGCACGGAGCCCGAUGGGACCUUCCUGCUGCGCUUCAGUGACUCCGAGAUCGGGGGUGUCACCAUUGCCCACGUCAUCUGGGGCAAGGACGGGUCCAGCCAGGUAGAGAACAUCCAACCCUUCUCUGCCAAGGACCUGUCCAUCCGCUCCCUUGGUGACCGCAUCCGGGACCUGGAGCAGCUCCGCAACCUCUACCCCAACACCCCCAAGGACCAGGCGUUUGGGAGCCACUACAACAAAGAGCAGACAGGCAAGGACGGCCGGGGUUAUGUCUCCACAGCCAUCAAGAUGACAGUGGAAAGCGAAAGGGACCAGCAUCCCCAGAGCACUGCAGGAGCCCUCCCCGAGGCCCCCCCGGCUCCGAUGUUCAACCUGCCCAUGCUGCAGCCCGAGAGCCUGCAGCCGGUCCUCAGCCCCAUGUGUCCCCCCACUCCCUUCUGCCCCCAACCCGUCCCCACGGCCUACCCCACGGGUGAGAGCAGCAUCAACAUGAUGGUCACCAACAACCUCGGGUCCUCCUUCCCCAGCACAUCCCCGAUGCUUUCACCAUCCCUGGUCAUGGACCCAACGCUGCCUCACUGCGAGGACCUUGCCUUCAGGAACCCAUUGCCCUUCAUGCCCAACCAAUACAUGACUGGGGAGGCCUCACAGAUGCAGUCGGGGGGGCCCUCACCGGAGCCGCGGGAUGAGGAGAUGCCCGAGCUGGCCCCAUUGACGCUGAUGGUGGACCCACCGCUGCAGAGCUCCCAGAGGUGGCCGCCCAGCAUGGACCUGCCAUCCAGCUCAGACUUGGACCAGUUCCUGCGGGAGAUGUCGGUAGAGGGCCCCCCCUUCCCGCCCCCCCCGCAGCACAGCGGGUACCCCAAUACCUCCUGCUGGGGCCUGGGGGAGUCCCGGUGGGAUGACAGCGUCCGCCCAGGGCACGCGUGAGGGGGAUGCGGGGGAGGGGACAUCGGACUGUGACCCCCCCCCAGGCCUCAUGAGGUUGAUAUGACUUGUGCUGGGGGGGGGAGGAUUUUGGGAGGGGGGAGCACUUUGGGUAACACUCGGUUGUAUCUGCUGCACUUUGGAGUCCGGAGCUGCUGCCCUGUAUGGAGGGACACCCCCCCACCGGCCCCCAGUGUAUGACAUAGCCCCCCCAUACCAGGGGA